UGCGACACAUAACGUACGUCGUCGUUGAGAUAAACCCCCUAUCUUUUCCCGACGUUCAAUUGUAACAAAACCCUGAAUAUUACUGUACGUGAUUUCAAAUAAUCAUUUAGUGCACCAAAUCCGUGCCUUUCAGAGAUGCAGAUAAAAAAUAAACUCGCUCUAGUUACCGGUGGGGCUAAUGGAAUGGGAUUUUCAUACGCCAGAGAACUCUUAAGAAAUGGAGCUAGCCAUGUGGCAAUUCUCGAUCUGAUCAAUUCCACUGGUCAAGAAGCGGUGAAUAAAUUAAACGCGGAGUUCGGUAAAAGGCGAGCAAUUUUCAUAGCCUGCGAUGUUUCAAAACCCCAAGAACUUGAAGCCGGAUUUGCGAGAACUGUCCAAGAGUUUGGAGGUCUGGAAAUCAUAAUCAACAAUGCUGGAAUAAUGGACGAUUCGCGUUGGGAACUUAUGAUCAAUGUUAAUGUGAACGCCGUGGUGCGUGGAACACUUUUGGGUAUGCAGUACAUGGGAAAAGACAGAGGUGGUAAAGGAGGAGUAAUCGUAAACAUUGCCGCGAUUCCAGGCGCUCUGCCUACCGCUGAAUGUUUUCCAGUUUACACCGGUACAAAACAUGGGAUUAUAGGACUGACCACGGCGUUUGCGAUGCCAUACCAUUACGAGAAAACAGGAGUGAGAAUGCUGAUCAUGUGUCCCGGUAUGACAAAAACGGACUUGAUAUCAAAGGUUCCUGAAAAAUUGUCAAAUUCAUCCAUGAGUCCGGAAGAUUACAAAGAAGCUUUGAAAAAAUUUCCUUCACAAACAGUGGACAGCGUCGCACAUGGAAUGAUGCAUAUAAUUAGAUCUGCAAAGAAUGGCAGCAUAUGGAUCGCAGAGGGCGGAGAGCCAGUUUAUCAGAUUCUAAUUCCCGAUCGUCUUGUGACAAAAGUUUAGACAUUGUAAAAAAUCAUUAUUGAAUUUAGGAGAAUAACUGGCUUGGAUUAAAGAGAAUUUGAAUGUACAGUUUUAGAUUUUAAAUGAAAAAUAAUUUUUAUAAUUAACUUCUGUUAACUUUUAUUUGUGGUUUAUGAUUCAUAAAAGUAAUUAGCUACAAGGAGGAAGCUUACAGUUGAAAAAAAUAAAUUAACUUUCAGAGAUUUAA